GUGUCGGCAGCAGCAGCAGAAGCGGCGGCAGCAGCAGCAGCAGCAGCAGAGAGUCCCACCGUCCGCAUGAGCUCAGACCGUGUGAAGUUGUGGAUUUUACCGUGGCGUUUUUAGUCUCGACCCGGCGGAGGACCAGCCGAGAAUGGAGACUUUGGGAAGAGGAGAUUAACAGGCAACAGACAGACAGACUGAUGCAUCUAAAAUUUUUGGCUGCUUAGUCCUAUAUUCUGGAACUGUUGGACUCAGAAUACAAGCGAAUGACAGAUUUGUCUGCUAAGCACUGCUGUGAGGAAACUUCAAAGUCUUAAAGUGACGGUCCCAAAGACAGCCUGCUGAGAGAGAAGAGAUUUUCCCCUAGAGCCUGCGGGGACUCAUUAUCACUGCCACACAAAUGUGGACCUCCCAAACUAUAGUCAUCAAAUAAUCUGAAAAACUAGACAAACACAACAGGUAGAAAACAAGGAUUUGAAGCCAUGUCUGACCAUAAAGACAUGACACAUCGCCACCUGCGGCACAAACUACAGAGUCUCAGCAGAAGACUGGAAGAACUGGAAGAGGCAACGACCAAGCUGCAGAAGGCUGAGGAUGAGCUGCUGGACCUGCAGGACAAAAUCAUCCAGGCAGAAGGCAGCAACUCAUCUCUGCUUGGUGACAUAGAGGUCCUGAGAAAAAAUCUCCUAAAGAUCCAGGGAAAGGAUGAGGAGGUACGCAAAGCUGAGGACCUCUGCCGCACAGUCAGAGAGAAACUGGAAGAGGAGGAAAGCCUUACAAAGGAGCUAAAGACUGAGAUUGAACGUUUACAACGGAGGAUGGCCGAACUGGAGAAACUGGAAGAGGCUUUCGGAAAAAGCAAGUCUGACUGCAGCCAGCUCUGCCUCAGCCUCAAUGAGGAGAAGAACUUGACAAGGAAGCUCUCGUCUGAGUUGGAGGCCCUCAAAGCUCGUUUGAAGGAGGUGGAAGGGUCUGAGACGAAGCUUGAAAGAGCAGAGCAAGCUUUGGCAAUGGAGCUUGAGAAACUCAAAGGAUUCACCCAGACCUUUGUGAGUGAGCGUAAGAGGCUACUUGAAAAGCAGAGAGAGGACGAGAAGAUCAUCCUGAAGCUGACAGAAAAAUUGGAGCACCAGAAGAACCGGCUCGGCAUGUCCGCCGACCCCGGUCGCACAGAUUUCAUUAGGUCACGAAUUGAAGAUGAGCUUUCAUCCACAGGGCUUCUCACGAGUAAACUGGCGGGACGCAAGAAGAGCCUUGACUACUUGAAGAUGGCCGAUGACAAAAUCGGUCUUGUGAACAAAUCUGAAAACGAGAAGAACAGCGGUCUGGAGGGCUCGCAGGAGGAGGACAACAAAGUAAAGGAGCUGACACAGGAAGUAGAGAGGCUGAAGAAUCGCCUUAAACAGCUGGAGAUAGUGGAGGAGGAUCUAAAGAGCUCGGAGUCCAAAAACGAUGAACUUCAUGAGAAGUUCCAGAUGGAACGAAACAGGACUCGCCAGCUUAGUGAGCAGGUGGAACAGCUCAGGACGCAGCUGUGCGGAAAAGGUGGAAUUGGAAGAAACGGAACCAGUAAUCUGGAUAAACAUGGCAAUGGGAGCACUAACGUUUGCCCCAACAGCUCUGUUAAGGUGUUGGAGAAUGGCAAAGCUGACAAUGAAGAGAUUAUUGUGAAGGGAGGUUUCAGACAAGAGAAGCCCAAAUAUAGGAGUGCAGCAGCCGUCUCAGAACCAAGUUCCCCCAAACACAAGAACAGGGAUCUCUCUCCUCAGCAUAGGAGAGAGACCAAGUUGAGGAGCAAAGAGCUGAGCCACUCAGAGGAGAGCUCCCCAAAGUCUGUGAGGAGAGCCCUCAGUCCCGCUCACAAGAGGAGGACACCCAAAACCCCAACUACUGCAGUUCUAUCUGAUAAUGGAGUAAGAGACACAGGACGAGGAACUGAGGAAAAGUCCAGGGGAGCCGCUUUCUGCUCUGCAAAGACUCCUUCUAGUGAUGUUAAAAAAGCGUCUGUUCUUAGUCGCUACCCUCCAGCAGCCAAUGACCAGAAGCCACUGAGGACGGCUCACAAACAGGCCGAUGGGGAGACUAAAAAGAGCAGAGUAGAAAGAGUAGAAAAGUUCUCAAAAUUGUACGUUGGGAGUGAUAGCGAAUCCAACAACUCUGAUGUAGUGCCUGAGAGUUCCAGUAACAUCAACAGUAUCUCAGCUUUAGAGAAGGACACAGCGUCUGCCUCGGAUCAGGAAUCAGCAGAGCAGGUUCAAGAGGCUGCCCCUGUAUCUGUCGCCUCCACCCUGUCCAAAGCCAAUGGAUCCUACACAGCCUACAGAUCCCUUGUCACUCCACUGCUGCCCAACGACCAAGGAUCAGAGGGUCAUUCAUCUGCCUCUGAAACAGAAUCUACUGGUUCAAGGCCCUCUGAACCAGAGCCUGUAACUGAGACGACUACUACAACCGUAAGCAGUAGGACUGCAUCCUCCAGAUAUCCCAGAUACUCCCAUGUGCAUGACUCCCAUUCAGAGGGUUCUUCUACCCGGAGCUCGUUCGAUGAGGAGCUCCACAGCAGAACACUGUUUGCUGAGGGGGGCCACCCAGGGCCAACGCACACUGCAUCAGGGAUUGAGAUCCAGCGGGUGUGCAGCCCACGUGAGGCACUGAGGUCAAAAGCUGUCAUCAAGCCCGCAAUUGUCGAGAUUGACAGGAAGGAAAUGAUGAUUUCUGAACCCUUGUCUACAAAUGGCAAGCCCAAAAUCUCCACCAAACCCGUUGUAACCAGCACUAGUAAAAUGACCAGUAGUAUAACCAUCUACCCCAACGACCCAAACUCCUCCAGAACCAGCAGUCGCAGCAGCAGUGUGUCCAGCGAGCCCUUACCGGUCAAAGAACGCCACACUUCCACCAGUAACAUUCUCAUAGGCCCCAGCAGUGAACACCAUGGCAGCAUCUCCGUCCCGUAUGAGAUCUCCAUUCCCAAGAGUGAGAUCACCUUGCGGUCGUGCCAGGACCAGGACUGUGGGGUGGAUGACCACAAUGAUUCCUCAUCAAGGUCCAAACUCUACAACACCUCCAGAGUGGAAACCACCACCAGCCACCUCUGCUGCCAACGCAGCAACUUCAGCCUCCAGUCCCCGGACACUAGCGCCGCAGACUUUAAUGACACUGAGUCAGGCUUCGAAAGCAGCAGCAGCAGUAGCACCACCACGGUCACCAGCUGGAGACGCCAAAGACAAAGCCAGUACUCCCAAGAAGACAGUUUACCAGACAUGAAGAAUGUGACUGUGAGGAGCACCUGGAGGAACCGGGAUCCGCCAACUGUGGAUGAGACAGGCCAGGGUAGAAGAGGGUCAAAGACGCUGACUGAUGGCGGGUCAGAGGACGAAGUAGAAGCCGCAACAACGUGGAGGGCCUACCGGGCAACCACCUUCGAUACAGAAGAGUCGAUAAGCAGGGGAGUAGGAGCUGGUGGAAACGCUGAGGCACAGAAAGGGGCCAAGCCGUCCCCUGCAGAGGUAUACAUGCGUAGGAUCAACAGCACAGUUCCCAACACCAGAGAAGUCGACGAAUCAGGGCUUCGCCGGGGAAAGCGCUCACAGUCUCCCACGACGGAGGGAGGAAGCGUGGGAAGGAUCGUUCCACACGCACCUGUUACCUCUCAGUCUUGGGGGCGAUCAUACACGCCACAGCCUGCUGAUAGCGCAGAGCCCAGUCCCAACCCGAGCCACAGCCCAGCCUCCUGGAGGCGGCAGACACCCAGCAGCGACCCAAACGUCCUGGGGAGCGUUUAUGAGCGGGCGUCCAAGACGGCAGGGGCCUCCUCCUCCAGAGGGGACCUGUGGUCCAGUCGGGGUCAAGGGUCGGGGUCCAGAGCCGAGGGGAGGAGUGGAGCCGGGAGCAGACUGUGGAACCGUCAGCCUGAACACCAUUAGAUCGGCUGGGUCUGAGCAGCAAAAGGACAGCACUCCAUUAAUCUCUCAAUGGCACAAGGAGGGCCAAACAUCAGUCUCCCAUCAACUAGUGGCUACACCAUCUCCAAAAGUCAACAUCUACAGCUUCUUUAACAAGCAAAGAAAAGAAAAAUAGCCAUCGCAGCCAUAUAGAACAACAAACCGCAGACAUCCUCACUCUGACCCUGAGUGUACGCUGAGACCUGAAUGGCUCUUCCUAUCCGGAACUUUCUCUGUCCCAAAAGGGGCAUAAAUGAAAAAGACGGUGCCUGUACAGUGUGUUUGGAAGUCGCCUCACCAGCCCGUGUAUCCUCUUCCGCUUCUUGUGUUGGAUGUAUUAUAGUGUAAUCCCCGAAACUUGACAAGGGAGAGGCUGGCAUGCUGGGGACGGCUGGAUUUUCCUGCGUGCCAGAGAGGGUUUAAAGAGACUCAAGCGUUUGAGACUGCCUUGUUCUCAGAGGACUAUUACAGUGACCUCAAUGGAGCUGAGUAUGUUGCUCUCCAAUGUUUCUUCAAUCUUCAAUCAACAGCAGUGCGAUGUUUAGGAUGCGUCUUCAUCUCAUAGGGCUGGAUCGUCAUGCAGAGUUCUUCACAAACUAAAAAGGAUCUUUACCUUAAAUGUGACCAAAAAACAGGAAGCGAAUUACCAUCUUUGCUGACCCGUACCAUGAUAUUCACACAUGUUUUUGCUUCGAUGGCCAUAUGAGUUUUUAAUUUCUGAUUUUCCUCACACAUGAGCGCAAAACCAUGCAAACACGCGCAAACAACAAGAAAACACAUGUUCAUUUUAAACCCUUGGUUUAUUUUUAACCCGUGUCACCACUUUCCUGGCAUGCAGCCGCAAACUGGAUAUAAUUUGGGCUCUUCCAUGUCGUGCAAACACUUGCAUGUUUCUAAGUAAUAACUGAAGAGCUCUUGAACGAUUGUGACUCAGCAUGCUUAUAAAGGAUUGCUGGUUUGCUGCAUUUAAGGAGAACACGUGCACACACACAUUACUUCUGCUAGACCAGGAUAGUAUUGAUGCUUUUUUUCGCCAUUUUCACCACUUUAUUUUGAUUCUUUGUAAUUUGCUUCCUGUUCUGCAUUACCCUUUCCCUUUCUGCUCAACCAUGUCAAGACAGAGAAAAAUAAAUCGUAGUUUGCAAUGAAAUGCAAUGCACAUGUAGAGGAAAAAAAAAAGAAUAAUUAAGGGGGGGCUGUGGAGGGCAGUGUUUAUAACCUCAAACCAUGCUACAAUUUCCAUGGUGCUUUGUUUUACAGCUGUUGCAAUUGUCCUCAUUCAUGUAUUUUGAGAGAGCCAUAGUGGAAUGGAGUUUCUGUUUUAACGUGGACGUUGGACUUUGGAUUACCAGCAAACCAGACAUAUUUUCAGUGCUGCUGUAAAUACUGUGUACAUGCCAGCCAGUCAUAGACUUCUCACCACAAGGAACUGACAGUCCAGCUUGACUGGGUUCGCCGUGCGAAUCGUCCCAGCUUAUCUCUGUUUCUUAUUUCUAUAGAGGUGUAUUAUUUUGUUACAUUGAAAAAUAUCAAUUUGUGGUUGGUAUGUCGGAGCAAUCUCUCAUUGGCGGUGGCCACUGUGACAAUGGGGGGUGCCAUGGAAACCGAUCUCAGUAGUGGCCAGUAAUACAAUAAGGUGUUUGUUUUUUUGUUUUUGUUUUUGUUUUUUCCUUUAGGUGAAUGGUGCGUAUCUAUGACAAAAACCUCAGACCUUUUUCUGUAACAUUUGAGUCGUUCAUCAGGCUCCUGCUGGAUGUAAAAUCUGACGCUUAAGAUUCACCUCAGCUCAACAGGCGACGUAAACUUUUAAUCCCGCAGCAAAACUUCUGAAUGUUGCUCUUGAAUGCGGCUGAGAAUGACCAACUGCUUGACGGCUCGAUUGCAACAUGACUGCGUUCUUUUGUCGUAACUGUGACAACUUGGGACACGCGGGAUCUGUCGACAAGCUGUUGAAGCCCGGUGUCCAUCUUGGUUCUUCUGCUGUUCUGGAUUUCAGUGCUGUGUUGAGUCAGACCCUGCUGGGAAUGUACACGUCUCAGUCCUCCUGCAUUCUACCAGCCACCAUCUAGCUGUAAUAUUUAUGAGUCUCCAUGUAGUAUGUACAGGUUUCUUUCGAUGUGCAAAUGUCAGGCAGGAGCCCCGUGUGUCGCUGCUUUGUCACUUUACUGUUUAUGCAAGCAGGAGAUUAUAUGCAAUCAAUAAACUGCCCCCCCGCCUCCUCCAUGCAAUGUCUGUAAAUAUGAUCAGAUCCGAGGUGAUGACUGGUGUUGAGUCCAAACUCGAAUGUUUGUUCACCGUUUUACGAUUGUUCCACCAUUUGUUAGACACAUCCACAGUAGGUUCAUCUGUGCCUUGAGAUCCGAUAAAAAAAAGAGGUAGACUGUCCAAAUUCAGACUGUGCGGAUGAGUGACAUGUGAUGCUAAUUAAGAGGUUCUUUUUUUAACUUUGUAUAUUUUUACGUUUUGGAGGAUUGUUGUGUCGUAAAAGUUUUUUUUGGUCGGAGCGUAAGAAGAGGUUCUCCGGGGGAACUCCUCCCUGAGGGAUGUCAAAACAAGGUUCCCUGAGAAAAAGCUAGUCUGACUUCAAAGCACCCUUUUAAGAAUACAGACCGCACUGCCCGAAAAGCUACGUCCCUUGGAUUUGUCCGACAGAGUCACAGGGUGCAGCGCAGCAUCAGAAAAGGAUUGCCAUGUGGCCUCUGCGGGGCCGCUGCUGGCUUCGUGAGUGGGCAAAAACAGACCAGACAAACUGUUUAGAGCUUUCAGCGCACACGCCAAGACUUGAUGAUCAUGUAGUCUUUCCGUGCUUUCUCUGCUGCCAUCUCUUCCUCGAUCUCAUCUUUUCAACUGAUUCCAACUUUCCUUUGAGCGUUUCACAGAAGUCAAAUGCCCCCCCCCUUCCUCUCCCUCCUUCUUCCUCUCUUUCUCUGCAUCUUCCUUGGAUUCUCAUUUCCUAUAGGGAAGCCGAAUGCUAACCAGCGGUGAUAUGUGUUGUUGGUUCGGAGAGUUGUUUUUCGAAGGCCAGAGGCCUGUCACCAAACAGUGAUGAGCAGCUCCCUGGGUAGCUGAAAGGUCAAAGGUCAGGGCUGCAUCUAAGCCUGUCUUGACUCAGGGCUUCUAAAUACAGGGGAGAGGAAGACGGGCAGCUUGGCGUCAAUGUCCACUUUAGGGAUAAUUAAAACAGACAACGGGUAUCGAAUGUCCAUUUCUGGCUGCGCUGACACUGCCAGAGAUACACGCGGUGUGGUUGUCCUUCGGUGUGUGUGUGUUGUUAUUAAUAUGUCAGUGGGGGCUGUCGUUGUGGCGCACUGUAAGAGGUCCCCGAGUGAAAAGGCGCUGAGUGACGAACGUGCACGUGUGUUCGUCAGAGUUCGCGGACGACAUCACUGUGGGUCAGGAUAACUGUUUAUAGCAACUGAUGAUGCAAGGGCCCCCCCUUAACCUUUAUCCUGCCUUACCGCCCGGAGAAUGUGUCACCUGUUUCCCUCCGCCCAACAAAAUUAGUCAACCACGCAGACAGUCCCAAAGUUUCACCCCUCCUCAACCUCUAUCGCUCGUCUCUCUCACUUUCUCUCGCCCUGAGGAGAGAAUUUGAGUGGGGGGGGGGUCCCAGGAAGAGCCCAGCUGUCGGAAACUGUACGUUUUUAUGAUGCGUUGGAGGGUUGACCUCCUGGAGAGCGGCUUCAAAGAAAGCGGGGCUUAGGGCAAAGUUGAAACUGCUUCCUCUGCUGUGCAUGCUGCCUUCCUUCCUUACAAGGCCCCAAAGUACACUUCCACCCGACUGUACGUCCACACCGUCCAUUGAAACAGACCAGUUAACGCUUCAAUCUGGAUGUGUUUUGGGCUACAUGCUGACUACUCACAUGGCAUGUAGGUCUUCGUUGAUGCUUCCAGUGGGGGACAGCCUGUAUGGUGUUGACGUGGUGCAAUGUACUGACUGGUUAUCUGGGACGCCACAGGUGUCGAGACUCCUGUGGUUUUUGCGGCGCUAUAAGGGAACAGUUUCAUGGUUUAUGUCGGUUCAGAGUAGAUCUAUAUCGUUUUGAUGGGAGUUGCCUAAUUUUGGACACAUCGGCCGUAGAGACGUCUGCCUUUACUUGAGUAUAAUGGAACGAGAUGGCACUCGGCUUGUGGUGCCCAAAACACCCAAAAAUCACAUUUGGCAAAUCUCUACAGAAAUGUCUUUUUCUAGAAGUCGUGAACAUGUAAAUGAAUAUAAUCCACAGACCUUGUUGUGAGCAGUUUCAUGUGGGAACAAUUUUCUUUCUGCAUCACAGUGCAGAGGGAAACAUGCAUCUAGUCAUGGAAAGAGGCUCGCUAACUAAGAUGCUGUUGAUGUUUACAUCCUGUGCUGUCAGGAACACGAACCUCUCGUCCACUGAUGGAUGCACAGUUUCGCUCUGGGCAAUGAUGGGGAGAAAUAAAAUUGUUCCUACAUGAAACUGCUCACAACAAGGUCCAUCGAUUAUCUUGAGUAACCAGGUCGUGAUUUCUAGAAAGAGACACUGCUGUUGAGUUUUGCUCAUGUAGUUUAUUUUAUGCUUGAAGCACCACAAGCCAAGUGCCAUCUAGUUCCAUUAUAUUUGAAAGAACGCAGAAGUUUGGAAAACACCAAAAUAAUCUAGUUGGAUAAUUAGCACUAUUGACUAUGGUAUUUUUUAAUUUGGGGUGAACUGUCCCUUUAAAUAAAAAAGAGAAAAAGAGGCCUUCCUGCUCAAAUCCCAACUAAAGAGUUAACAGAAAUCCUCUUAGGCUCUGCUGGUGUAUGUAUAAACAUCCAUUAUUUACAAGUCAUUGUUGUUUCCUCUUUAUAAAGUAGACUAGAAUGUGCUUAGUGGAGAUUGGAGUGGUGGCUCUUGGGCAGCGAGCGGGCCCUUGCCCUGAAAGGCCUCCAUUGUGAAGCCCGGGUCAUGGUGUCACUGGGCGGCAUAGGCUGUAAUCUGCACUUAACCAGCACUUAACUUUAAGACCUCAAAUGACUAAUGCCCCCUGGUUCCUCUUUUAUGUCCCAGAAUUGUACUUAAACUCCGUUUCAGUAGUUGGUAAUGUUAUGUGUUUUUUUGCACCAGCCAAAUUAGAGUAUUUAAGAGUCACCUCACCGGUUAAAGGAAAAGGAAAUUGGCAUGCACUCAGCGGACGAAUCGUGUUCGAACAUAUUGUUUUGAGGCAUGGCACCCUGUUCACGCCUGCGUCUUAGCCUUGUAACGUUGUGCCAAAAUCAUUCCACAGUAUUUCCAGUUUACAGACAGAGACAGUGCCAAUGUUUCCCCCCCUAGAUGGACACCCUGUCUCUAAAAUACUGAAAUUAAGGGGAAAUAUUCAAUUUGAGGGUUUUUUUUCUUUCUUUCUUUUUUUUUUUUGGUUUUGUUCUCUGCUUAUGUAUGUUUUUAUUUCUUUGUUAAACAAAAGAUGUCUUAUUUUGGAAGCUAUAUCGGAUAGAUUUUAUUUAAGGAAAAUCUUGUAAUUUUGUAAAGUGGGCCUUAUUAUUGAAAUAUAUUAAGUAUUUUGUCCAUCUUGAUUUUAAGAAUGAUAUUUUUUUUUGCAAGAUAAUGUAUCUUCCUCGUUGUUAUUAUUACACUCCUGGAGAGUACUUCUUCCUGUAUUUUUUUGUGUUUGUUGUGUCAAUGCAAGACAUUUUUUUCUCACCACCUGGAGACGUGAUAGCACACCAUGGAUCAAGAGAGCGAGACCAUUUUUAGAUAGAGGGGGUCGUGUCACAGUCGUUGGAGAAUGAGGGCGUUUGAGGUGUUUUUUUUAAAUCAGUACUGAGCAGGUCCGAGGUGCCGAGCGGUUUGCCAUGUGUCCUCCCGCUCAGUGUUCCAGCCUCUCAGCUGCUCUGUUCUCCGUCGCUCAUAGAUUCAGGUUUUGUGCAUCUUCUGUGCUGUAUGUUUGUAAGUGCUGCCAAAGAAAGAAGCGUGCAGGCCCCAGAAACAUGUGUGUACGUAUGUAUGUGUAUACACACACACACACACACACACACACACACACACACACACACACACACACAGAUAAACUAAUAGGAUUUUUUUUUAAAGAAUUGUCAUAUAGCUGGAUUUCAUCUCACAGAUAAGAAUUUCAGGCCUGCACAAUCAAGGUUUUUUUUGUUUUAAAUACAGAGUGUUUGAGUUCAUUUUGUGUGCAGAGGAAGGAGACUGACAGACAGAGGUGUCAAACACAGUUGGAUGUGUGUGAUCAAAAGGGUGUUUUUAUGAUUUAUUACUGCUUCUCAGUGUGUCAGCAGUGCCAGGUGGACUGAGUGGGGAGGCUGUUUCUUUUUUUUUUUUCCCCUGUUUUAGAUUUAAUACAUUGUGCAUGUUUUAACCUUACUGUGGCUGGCGCACUCUGCAUGUAGGUCUCUUGAAGCUGCCAACUGUACAGCAAACCAUAUGUAUUCCAAUAAAAAUAAAAAACCAACCUGUUUGUAACACGUC